AGGACUUGCUGCUGGCUGUCAACUGGUCUCAAAACAAGAACGUAACUUUGAGACCAUUUCGACAUUAAUAACAUUUUUUUUUCCUUUAAGAAGUAUGUUAUUGCCAUUAAGUUGUUAAUCUGGUUUACAACAAACUGUCACUGUUAUCGUUAGAGUGUGAAACGUCAGUGACGCCGCUGUGAAAUGAAAAGGGAAGUGAAACUUAAGGCAGUUGGGUCGGGCACAAUUUAAACCGAAAAGAGCGAAAAUAAAACGGAAAGCACAGUUUAAAGUUGCGUUACAAGUGAAGUUACCCUGCUCAGCACCAUGACGUCAUCAGACACCCUGUACUUCAUGAUAACAAGAAAACCUGAAUAUCCAGCACACAUCAAGCCUGGCAGCAUAUGCUACAUCAGUAAAUUCAACCACAAAAAGUUAUUCAACAGCGCUCAUUCUCCCCCAAAAAUACCUGUCUUCUUCCUGAGUGCACAAAUAAAGAUGGAUUAUUGUGUAGAUGUGAACAGUAUGGAAUCACUGAGUGUAGAUGAAGCCGACCUGUUGCAGGGCUUGUCCAAAGACGCAGAGAGACUGGAGUGGUUCAAAGACAGAGAUGCUCUUCAAACAGCACUUGGACUCACUGUAGGUACUGCAGUGACUGUGGAGAAAGAAGAAGAGAAGCUUAGAGGCAUCAUCCGCUACAUAGGAGGACUUACAGAGCCAUCAUUCCCCUGUCAGUUACCAGGAAGGUUCUUCGGCAUUGAACUGCUGGGAGAAGACAGGAAGAAAGGGAACACUGAUGGGUCCUACCAGCAUAAAUACCACUUCUCCUGUGACAAAGAUUGUGGCAUUUUUGCCCCUUUCUCCAGAGUCAGGCCUUUGGUUCCCAGCUCCUUCUCCCCCUCCAACCCCAAGCAUUCCUCACAGCCAGAAGCAGAAGAGCUGUACACACCAGAGGAGCUGAACACAGGAGAUAGAGUCACUUACUUCAUCAGUGGUGAAUGCCGACAUGGAAUGGUGGUGUGUGUGCAGGAAAAGGACGGAGAGCAUAUUGUCCGGAUCUCCACAGACACAGAUGAGAAUGGACAGAGAGGGGGUGAAGUCGAUGUUCCACUAGACAUGGUUGCUAAGGGGGAGGUGCCCGCAGAGCCAGAGAACAUGGAUGUUGAUACACCCCCGAUGGAGCCAAACACCGGGGAUCUGUACUUGGAUCUGACGGUGAACUCUGUGGUGGAGGUGACCUUGGCUAAGGGCAAUUCAUUUGGAAUCAUCCGCUGGAUCGGCUCUCUGCCUGGGGGAAAGGAAACCAUGGCUGGACUAGAGCUGGAGGAAGACACUGGAGUGAGUGAUGGCACCUUCAAAGGUGAGCGUUUCUUCCAUUGUCCCCUCAAGAGAGCUCUGUUCGUGAAGCUUAGUUCCUGCCGUCCUGACUCGCGAUUUCAGAGCCCAUCAGCCAAUAACAGCAAGAGGAAGCCAACACAGGACGACACAGAGACGGAGACAGAUCACAGCACAGGGAAGCUGGAGACUGUCCCUCCUAUCAGCACAGAGCAGGUUCAGCAGAUUUUGAUUGGACGAAUGAAGGGGAUCCAAGGACACUGCAACUCCUGCUACAUGGACGCUGCUCUCUUCAGCUUGUUUUCCUGCUCCUCUGUGUUGGACUCCAUGCUGUUCAAAUCAACACAACCUCAAGAUGCCCCAAUCCAGAAAACCCUUCUCCAUAACAUUGUUAAUCCCCUGCGCAGUAAUGGCUUUGUGGCAGGACGGCACAUCAUGAAGCUCCGGGAGCAGCUGCAGAGACACGGCUACAGUCACUCCUUUACCACUGAUGAGAAAGAUCCAGAGGAGUUCCUGACCAUCAUUAUGCACCACAUUCUCGCUCUGGAUCCUCUACUCAAACUCUCAGCGGGCGGUAAAGUGCAGGAGAGUUACUGCUAUCAGAUCUUCUUGGACCAGAACCACAGCCUGGUGCUGCCGACAGUCCAGCAGCUGCUGGAACAUUCAUUCCACACUGCAGGACUCAAACUGGCUGAGGUGAGAUCCCAUGGAUUUCUGUGUUGCGCUCAUAAAUGUGUGCGAUCUUCUUAUUUCAUUGUAACGUACUUGCAGGUGCCGUCCUGCCUCAUCCUCCAGAUGCCUCGCUUUGGGAAGAAAUUCAAGAUGUUUGACAAGAUCAUUCCCUCUCUGGAGCUUGACAUCACCGACCUCCUUUCUGAAGGUCCUCAGCAGUGCAUGCUGUGUGGAAACUUGGCCCAGUUAGAGUGCCCUGACUGUUUUACAGAUCCUCUCUUCAGCCAGACGGGAUUUAAAGUCUUCUGCAGGGCAUGUUCAGCACAGGUUCACUCUCAUCCUCAGCGCCGCUCCCAUCAGCCAGCUGCUCUGGAUAUCCCCAAGGGCUAUUUGGGUCGCUUCGUACCUCACGCUCUGAUCAGAGACAAGCUGGAGCUGUUCGCUGUGCUCUGCAUCGAGACGAGCCACUACGUGUCCUUCAUCAAACACGGACCCAGCAGCCAAGACUGGAUCUUCUUUGACAGCAUGGCCGACAGAGAAGGAGAGACAGACGGCUUCAACAUCCCAGAGGUUCAUGCCUGCCCCGAGGUCGGCACAUAUCUGGAAAUGUCUCCCGCAGAGCUGGCCAAUCAGGUGCCUCGAGACAUGAAAGGUGUGGCCAAACGUCUCUUCUGUGACGCCUACAUGUACCUGUAUCAGAGCCCGAGCAUGUGUCUCUAUCGCUGAGCGAACAACUGAUGUGUGAAAAUAUACACAUCAGAAUUUAAAAUAUGUAUAUAUGGAUUUCUAUAAUUUUCUGUCCUGGUGUUUGAAAAAUAUUAUUAGACUAAUAAUUUAUAACAAUAUUGGUUUAUUUUUGUUUAUUUCUGUUUUAUGCAGAAAAGGUAACUGACCUUGCUUGCUGAUUCAUUUUGCACUAUAAAGACAAAAAAUGACAAUUACAGUCAUGUGAUGGCAAAAAGACAAAUGUUCCUCUUCCUCUUUGUUUUUGAUAAUUGUCUUUAAUAUAUGCAGUUUUUACACUGAGAGUGAAUGCAUUUUGCAGACAAAAAAUUACCAAAGAAUGAGGGUUUAGAAUGCUGUCUGGACCACUUACUUUAUUAAUUUCAGAAACAUUAGUUCAAAAUCUUCAGGAUGUUUAAUAAUAUUGCCUUUUUGAUAUGUACCUGCUUAUUUGUAGCCAUCAGCAUCUGGACUGAUGUGAUGUUUGGGAUAAAGUUUUGGAAAACUGCACUCAGAUGGUUACAAAGGAGUUUUUGGCUAAACGUGUGGCCUUUUCCAUUAUGCUGUUCAUUUAUUCCUACUGGAUGUGAUAUAUAUUUCAAUGAAUAUAGUAAAUAAACACAAGUAAUACCACA